ACUAUGGCUUCAGAUGACGAGCGGAUGUUAUUAGUAUUCACUUCCGGGUGAGACUACUCGGGCGCCAUCUUGUCUUGUUCGUAGAAGUGGAAGCAUCGAAAGGAUUGGAGAGGUAUUGGAAGAACGGAGGCGACAGCAGUGUUCCUGAACGAGGAUAGGGCAUAAAUCUUGCUGUUAUGCUUUCAAGCUGUAGUCUCAAUCAGCCUAAAUUUUAAACAGAAGAUAGAAACUUGAUACAUUUUUAAAGAAAAUAUGUGGGAUCAAGGAGGACAGCCGUGGCAGCAGUGGCCCUUGAACCAACAGCAGUGGAUGCAGUCCUUCCAGCACCAGCAGGAUCCAAGCCAGAUUGACUGGGCUGCAUUGGCUCAAGCUUGGAUUGCCCAGAGAGAAGCAUCCGGACAGCAAAGCAUAGUAGAACAACCACCAGGAAUGAUGCCAAAUGGCCAAGAUAUGCCUACAAUGGAGUCUGGUCCUAAUAAUCACGGGAAUUUUCAAGGAGAGUCGAACUUUAACAGAAUGUGGCAAUCAGAAUGGGGAAUGCAUCAGCAACCCCCACACCCCCCUCCAGAUCAGCCAUGGAUGCCACCAACACCAGGCCCAGUGGACAUUGUUCCUCCUUCUGAAGACAGCAACAGUCAGGACAGUGGGGAAUUUGCCCCUGACAACAGGCAUAUAUUUAACCAGAACAAUCACAACUUUGGUGGACCACCCGAUAAUUUUGCAGUGGGGCCAGUGAACCAGUUUGACUAUCAGCAUGGGGCUGCUUUUGGUCCACCGCAAGGUGGAUUUCAUCCUCCUUAUUGGCAACCAGGACCUCCAGGACCUCCAGCGCCUCCCCAGAACCGAAGAGAAAGGCCAUCUUCAUUCAGGGAUCGGCAGAGGUCACCUAUUGCACUUCCUGUGAAGCAGGAACCUCCACAAAUUGAUGCAGUAAAACGCAGGACUCUUCCAGCUUGGAUCCGUGAAGGUCUUGAAAAAAUGGAACGUGAGAAGCAAAAGAAAUUAGAGAAAGAAAGGAUGGAACAACAACGUUCACAAUUGUCCAAAAAAGAAAAGAAGGCCACAGAAGAUGCUGAAGGAGGCGAUGGCCCUCGUUUACCUCAGAGAAGUAAAUUUGACAGUGAUGAAGAAGAUGAAGACCCAGAAAACACCGAGGCUGCCAGCAGUGGGAAAGUCACCAGAAGCCCGUCUCCAGUUCCUCAGGAAGAGCAGAGUGAGCCGGAGAUGACUGAAGAAGAGAAAGAGUAUCAGAUGAUGUUGCUGACAAAAAUGCUUCUGACUGAAAUUCUUCUGGAUGUCACAGAUGAAGAAAUUUAUUAUAUAGCCAAAGACACACAUCGGAAAGCAACGAAAGCUCCUGCAAAACAGCUGGCACAGUCCAGUGCACUGGCUUCCCUAACUGGACUCGGUGGACUGGGUGGUUACGGAUCAGGAGACAGUGAAGAUGAGCGGAGUGACAGAGGCUCUGAGUCAUCUGACACUGAUGACGAAGAAUUACGGCACCGAAUCCGGCAAAAACAGGAAGCUUUUUGGAGAAAAGAAAAAGAACAGCAGCUACUACAUGAUAAACAGAUGGAAGAAGAAAAGCAACAGACAGAAAGGGUUACAAAGGAGAUGAAUGAGUUUAUUCACAAAGAGCAAAAUAGUUUAUCACUUCUAGAAACAAGAGAAGCAGAUGGUGAUGUGGUUAAUGAAAAGAAAAGAACUCCAAAUGAAAUGACAUCCAUUUUAGAACCAAAAAAAGACCAUAAAGAAAAAGAGAAACAAGAAAGGAGUAGAUCAGAAAGCUCCAGCAGUAGUUCCAGCAGCAAUAGCAGAACUAGCAGUACUAGUAGUACUGUCUCUAGUUCUUCUUACAGCUCUAGCUCAGGUAGUAGUCACUCUUCUUCUCGGUCGUCUUCUCCUAAAAGAAAAAAGAGACAUAGUAGAAGUAGAUCUCCAACAGUUAAAGCUAGACGUAGCAGGAGUAGAAGCUACUCUCGCCGAAUUAAAAUCGAGAGCAACAGGGCUAGAGUGAAGAUUAGAGACAGGAGGCGGUCUAAUAGGAGUAGCAUUGAAAGAGAAAGACGGCGAAAUCGGAGUCCUUCCCGAGAGAGGCGUAGAAGUAGAAGUCGCUCCAGGGAUAGACGGACCAAUCGUUCCAGUCGCAGUAGGAGUCGAGAUAGGCGUAAAAUUGAGGACCAGCGUGGAAAUCUUAGUGGGAGCAGUCAUAAGCAUAAAGGUGAGGCUAAAGAACAAGAGAGGAAAAAGGAGAGGAGUCGGAGCGUAGACAAAGAUAGGAAAAAGAAAGACAAAGAAAGAGAGCGCGAACAGGAUAAAAGAAAAGAGAAACAGAAAAGGGAAGAAAAAGAUUUUAAGUUCAGUAGUCAGGACGACAGGUUAAAGAGGAAAAGGGAAAGUGAAAGAACGUUCUCGAGAAGUGGUUCCAUAUCUGUUAAAAUCAUAAGGCACGAUUCUAGACAAGACAGUAAGAAAAGUGCUGCCAAAGACAGUAAGAAGCAUUCAGGCUCUGACUCUAGUGCAAGGAGCAGUUCUGAAUCUCCAGGAAGUAGCAAAGAAAAGAAGGCUAAGAAGCCUAAGCAUAGUCGAUCGCGAUCCGUGGAGAAAUCUCAAAGGUCUGGUAAGAAGGCAAGCCGCAAACACAAGUCUAAGUCCCGAUCAAGAUCGACAACCCCUCCCCGUCGUAAGCGCUGAGGAAUGAUGUGGCAAGAAUGCCAUGAUGUUUUAACAAAUUCCAUGAGUUUUAAGGGCUUGUCUCAUUAUAGAGGCACAUUGUGGCUGUGUAGGUGAAACGAGAAUCUUUUUUUUAAAAUCUGUAAAUAGGUGUACUUUUUCGAAAUGCUGCUCCAAGUUACUUAAUAGGAUUUCUUUGUAUUACACUUUUUUCAAAAAAUAGUGCAUAAUAAGACUAUAAACAUGCCAUUCUCUUUCAGCUGUAAUGUUCUUAAACUUAUUCUUGAAUGUACUGUGAUGUCAAUAAAGCUCUUAGUUCAUUUUUGUUAAAA